AUGAUCCGUUCGGGCGUUGUACCGUCUACGGAGCCUUCGUUUGGUGGGGUCUAUGAUAGCGUCUAUCUAGGUGAUAGUCAACGGGAAGUCCCCGACUUGCGGAGGGUAGCGUCAGCUGCUGGUCGUCUAUCGGCAGCGGAGAUGUCGAGGAUAAGUAGAGCUUAUGAGGAUGCUGAUAGUGAAACUAAAGACGUCAAUGCCGGGGAGUAUCUCUUCCUUGGCAACUUCACAAUGCAGUUUUGGAAUGCAUUCAACAAUUGGAAUUUCCGUUAUUGGGUUUACCUCCUUUUCGUUGGUUUCAUCGUCCACACUGUUGAACAUCUUUCGACUUACUUCCUCACCAAAGCCGCAAUACAGCAAGAUGAGGAAUCGGCGCUCAUGUUGGCAUCCCCGUUCGAUACCUGGGUGGGGUAUUUCUACUUCAUAUUUGGCCCAUUGAUGCUCCUCCUCGGAGGCAUCGCCCUACUCCUCAACCCAGCCGUGAAGCAUACACAUACUAUAGUGGCCACAUCGAUAGUAUUGACCCUGGUCAGCGAGUUCGUAUGUGUAGUCGGCAACCCGCACACACUGACCGCAACCAGAGCAAUGCCCAUCCCUAUGGUGCUCUUCCUCGCUUGCAUGAGUACCAGACUAUUCCCAAGUGUCAGCUUCCUUGCUGUCGCGCUCUACAUGAUAGGAGUCGACAUUACUCUAGUUGUGUACAGCUCCUCGAGAGAGUAUGCAGCGCCGUAUACGACUAUGGUAUGGGCCGGAGUACUGUGCCAUUGGUUUGUAUUCGGUUUGUGUUUGGUGGGCAGUAGUAAUCUCCUUAGAUCUCAGUCUGAUCUAUUCUAUUUAAUGAUAGACAGACUGCAGUUCAGAAGGAAUAAGGAUGGUUCCUAUGACCUCGGCAUUCAUGACGUGAGUACUCCUAUGCUGGAUUACUUUGAGGAAAACUAUAAAUCGGCGUAUUCGCUGCAGUUCAGCGCGACGAUGGACGAGAAGAAGCUCGUUGCCGCUAUGAUUUUCGUUGCUGCGGAUUUCCAUGCUGGUCCGCAUGGCAAUACAGCCAACACGGUGUCGGGGGUUGUAGUACAAGUGGUCAGUGCUCUAGUUCUACUUAUGUCAGUUUGUCUGACGGUUAUCUCAUUUGGCAAGCCGCGUCGACUAUUGAUCGCCGCUUUCCUCUUUUUCGUAUCCACCGCAAUGUUUUCCUGCGUGUAUAUUUAUAACUACGGCCGAGCAGCAGAGGAGUGGAGGUCGAACGCCUCGGAUAUGGUACAUUUCGCGCCAGUGAUGGCUCGCACGGUUUGGGCCACUGAUCCGGGCCUAUUCACCAUCAUAGCGAGCCAUGUUAGUAUGUCCCAUAUUGGUGCCUUACCUCUACUAUGCAUUGACGUUAUUGUCACUACUGGUGUUAUUAUAAGUUCGGAAUUCUGGCUGGAGCAUCCGUCACCGUUGUUGUCCAUGGCAGAUUUGAUUAACUUCAUCAUAGUGAUAGCAGUCGGCUCGUACUUAUGCCUGCAGUCGACUCGUAAGUUGAGGGAUCUCCUUGUUCUGCACGCCCGGAAGGAGCCUCUUGAAUGGCAGCAGUUUAUAUGUCUGAGUUUUGACAAUCUCGAUCACGCUGGUGAAGGGGUCAUUGAGACCAGAAUGCAUCGUCUUGAAGUUGUCAUUAACGGUAUUGUGUGUCGUCGUCCAGAUUUGGUGAUGAUGAUGUUCCCUCGACCGGAGGGUAAUAAUAUCCCAAGGAUGAACAUAACAUUAAUUGAUGUUGGCAGCCGUGGGGAUGUUGAGCCGUACAUCGCCAUUUCAAAGGAGCUCAACGCGAUGGGCCAUCAUUGUCGUAUCUGCACUCAUGAUAAGUUCCGAGAUAUGGUUGAGAGAAAAGGAAUAGAGUUCUUCCCAAUGGCCCUUGAUGCCCCGGGCCAUUGGCAACCUGAGGUUCUAAUGCGAUAUGCGGCUGAAAGCCCCUCGUGGAGCCCCGGCUUCCUCAUCAGUCCUCAUGAUAUGUCAUUCGUACUACAACACACCACUGAGAUGAUGCAAUCGUGUCGAUCUCUCUUCUUCUCUCCUGGUUGGGAGAGCGGAAAUGUCGGCGCCUGGGCUGCGGUGAAAAGUAAUCCUGAGAAGCGUUGGGUUACUCACGCCAUGAUUUCCAAUCCUCCAGCGUAUGUCCAUGUUCACAUCGCUGAGAGGCUCGGAGUUCCCUUACACAUGUUCUUCCCAAUGCCCUGGUCACGUACCAAGUUUUUGGGUCAUCCAAUGAGCUCAAAGGAGCUCGAUGACAAUGCAUAUUGGCGUUUUCUAAGCUACAGUUGGUUUGACCAGAUGCAGUGGCAUGGUAUGGCGGCGGCUAUCAACGAGUUCCGAGCGAAGGUGAUGCACAUACCAAAGUUGAGCAUGUGGCACAGCGCUGGGUCCUUAUUGGAGAACUGGGGGGUGCCCUUCUCGUACUGCUUUUCACCGUCUCUGUUCCCGAGGCCCCCGGACUGGGGCCCGAACAUUGAGAUCACGGGUGUGUGUUCGACAGGAAGUGAAGAAAAUGUAACCUAUGAGCCACCCGCUGCUCUUGGUAAGUUCUUGAGAGGCGGGGAUAAGCCUCUUUACAUUGGUUUUGGCAGCAUAGCUGGGGAUCUGUCGGAUAUAUACAAACCCAUCCUAGAGGCAAUAAAGGAUAUCCCCGAUCUCAGAGUUGUCCUCCAGAAGGGAUGGGGGACUCUUAAGGACAUAACCGCUGAGGACUUCAUUCACAUCCCAAACUUGAAGGAUCGAGUUUUCUUCAUUUGUACUCCUCCUGCGAUUUGCCCGAAGUGUGGUAAGAAGCCCGAGGCUCGUUCACAUGACGGCCUAUUCUGUGAUGACUGUGUGGACUCAUCAUCAAUAGAGUAUGCCGAGGGUACCUGGGAAUAUGAUAUACUCAAAGCCCUAGGCCGAGAUAACAUAGCCUUCCUUUCAUCCAUACCACACACUUACCUCUUCCCCAAAUGCUGUGCUGUUAUGCAUCAUGGUGGUGCCGGUACUACCGCUAUGGGAUUGGACUUUGGCCUGCCAACCUCCGUUAUAUCCUUCUUUGGGGACCAAUGGAUCUGGGGUAGCCUAGUCCAACUGCACGGCGCUGGCAAGUUCCUGCGUAGAGAACACGUAGAACCCCAGGCCGUGAAGGCAUGUUUAGAGUUUAGCAUCACUUCUGGUGCUAAGGUGGCGGCUAAGAGGCUGCAGGAGAGUUUCAGAGAGGAGCGUACGCGUGGUAUGGGUGCUCAUGAAGGCGCGUUGGGUUUUCAACGACAAUUACCAUUGGAAUUGGUUACUUGCCCCGUAUGUGCCGUCGCAUUAUCAGAAUCCCAGGGGGUGUUGGUUACUCCAUUAAGGACAGCUGAUUGGGGAAGGACUCGUGGAGGCAUACUCUAUGUUCACUUCGUGCGAGGGCUGAAAGCAGCAACAAGGCUCUUCGUACGGAUGGUCCAAGGUGGCCAGACGGGAGGAGUUAGCGGUUUCCUCAUAGGAGUAGUGGCGGGCCUGCUAGAGUUCGCUGUGUUCAUCGUCUGCGCGCCCUUUGUGUUCGUGCGGGACAGCUGGAGAGUGGCAACGAAGCUAGCUCAAGGCUCGCCAGAUGGUCGACAGCAUGGUGGCCGAGACACCGCAGAUGCCGAGCUCCUCACGGGACUGGUGCUGGUAGACGACCAAGACUAUGGUGACGUACGGGCGUUGCCGAGAUGUAGCAUAGGACCGCGUGAUAGAGUGUUGAAUGAAGAGGAGGUCGCCUGCCUUACUGAGAGGACACAACGAGCGCUGACGGAUCUGGAAAAAAACCGCAACGAUGUACGUGCUAUGGCAGAGGCGGUGUGUAAAUUAUUCGAGCGGCGUGGAGUGGGCGUCAAGCUCACAGCUAAGGCUGCCUAUAGAGAGCCUCUACUUAACUCACAUGAGAAGGCUGUGGCAUUGCCCUACACUACGAGGGGGUAUACCAAGCUCAGGUCAGUCGGCUGCACUAAUUGA